AUGGACUACUUCGGCGAGGAUGACCCCAACCACAGCCCCCAUCCAGGGGAGACUGCCUAUCCUGACAUCGAGAUUGCCUAUCCUGACAUUGAUGAAACCGUACAAUAUCCGUGGCAAGGGACUCAGCAGCUCACGUCAGCUGAGGCCUCUGUCAUAGACCCGCGUCUGUACAAAGGACUUUUCUCAGAGAAUGCGUCCCAAGAGCCUGCGCAGUCAGCAGUAGAGGAUGAGCUAUCUGCGCCAGAAGUCGAAGAGGAACAAGUCUACGUUCAGGACGACUCCGCUGAAGACUCCACAUUCGAAGCAUCGUCCGACGAGGAAUCAUCGGAGGACCUUUCAGAUGAUGGUGCUCAAGGCUCUGAUGGAGAAGGGGGCUUUCGCAGGCGCCGUCGACGCACGGGUCCUUUUUCUGGUCGAUAUGGCGCCCGCGGUGGUAAGGGAAUCAAGAGAGGUCCCCGUAAACCGGUAGAGCCCAGCCCGGAGUUCAAGAUGCUGCACUCGGAGGCAACAUCUGCUUUUAUUGAUGGAGACUAUGACCGCGCCAUCGACCUUGUUAGGCGUGCUAUUCAGGUUAACCCUGAGAUGUUUGCCGCUCACUCCUUGCUCUCGGAGAUUUUCCUCGCUCAGGGCGAGAAAGAAAAGGCCGUGACCGCAUUGUUCAGUGGUGCCCACACCCGUCCAAGAGAUCCAACGGUUUGGUUGAAGGUUGCGAGAAUGAUAAUGGAACAGGCAGGUGAUGACAGAGAGGAUGCACUGAACGACAUUCUCUACUGCUACAGUCGUGUGCUGAACAUCGACCCACAAAACCACAACACCCGCUUCCAGAGGGCUGCUCUUUAUCGAGGUCUGGGACAGAACGGUCGAGCAGUGACUGAAUAUGAGAGGAUUCUUUCAGACCUUCCUCACGACGUAAGAGCACUUCGGCUUCUUACAGAUACCUACUCUGAACAGAAUGAAUAUCAAAAAGCGCUUGAUUAUUGGUCAGAAAGUAUACAGCACUAUACGAUGCAGGAACCCGAUGAAACUCCAGAGUUCACGUGGUCUGACGCCAACAUCUAUAUUGAGCUGUAUACCUACUUGGGACGACAUGCAGAAGGGCUCAAGGCUGCAAAAGCGGUCUCCCGCUGGCUUUUGGGGCGCAAAGACGACACCAUGUGGAACGAUUUUGACGAGGAUGAUCGCGAAUGGGAUCACGCUGACUUUCCUCGAAGGAUCAAAGCAGCUGGGUAUGUUCCAAAGAAGUGGCCGCUGGCUACGUAUGGCCCAGGUCUACCACUUGAAUUUCGCAUAAAAUUCGGUCUUUUCCGCUUGAAACUACCAGACCGACACGUCGAUGAAGCUCUUCAUCACUUCAAAUGGUUGAAACCGGAAGAUACUUCAGAGACCUCAUUAGUUCACGAUUACGGUGACCUCUUUCGCGAAGCAGCCGAUGCGCUGAAGGAGGCCGAGUUGUUCGAGGACGCCCUCCGGUUCUAUAAGCCCAUUCAACAAACCGAAUACGCGGAUGUCAAUUUCUUCAUGGCCUUGGGAGAUUGUUACAGAUUUCUCCUCGAACUUGAAGACGCAGAGAAUUGCUAUCUAACCGUUUCAGAGCAUGACUCGAGUCAUAUGGAAUCUCGAGUGCGACUUGCCAAGCUGUACGAUGGCAUCGGAAUGAGGGAACAGGCGCUCAAAUAUGUCAACGAGGCCGUUCUCUUGGGAAGGCAGGAAACGAGAAGUAAUCGCCGACGAAAGGAUACUCGGCUUGAGGAGCUCGCAAGGGAGUUCAGGGCGGUGGACCUUGCAGAUGAGUCUGAAGAACAGCCUCCCGGUGACAUGGCCAGAACCGAGAACGUUCAGUUUCUGUAUACAAAACUGAUGCAGUUGGAGGCGAAACUUCAGGCGAGGGAUGCUGAUGCCACUGAAGACUGGCUUGAUAUCGCCGAUGCUCUACUGCGUGAGUUCCGUUCCAAUAGGAUCUUCUAUCCGAUGCAGCGCAACAUGGUCUUCCUUGGAUAUAAUAGCAAGGGGGACAGUAAUUCCCUCAUGGAUGAAUUGCAAGAGAUGGCGAAUCGACUUCAAGAGGCAUUGGCACCCAACGAAGAACCUUCGCAGUCUAAAAUCCCCAAAGACUACCAUGGCAUCAGCUUCGACGCAUGGCUGGACCUCUUUCUACAAUACGCCCUGACGGUUGCAGGUCAGAAUGAGCCAGCCGAGACGUAUGACACUCUCGGAGCUGCUGCUGACGCCAGUGUCUGGUAUCAUUCAAAGACCAGCACGCGGCUGAUCCACGUUUGUUGGUUCACCUGUGCACUCCGACUUCAGGACGAGGAAACCCUCACCAACGAAGCACGUUGGUUCAUCAAGGAGUACCAGUUCGUCACAGACACCUAUCGUCUAUUCUCCAUGCUCAGCUGCCUCGUCGGCGAUCCUCGCCGCUCCCUCUUCCACUCAUCUCCCAUGAUGAAAUUCAUGCUGCGCCAGAUAAAAGCCAUCGACUUUACUCUCCCCGACCACAUCGCCGGCACUCGCCAUACUAAGGCCAUUCGAGAGUCAAUCUUUAAAGAACGAGCAGCACUUUCAACAAAAGACGAUCAGGGAAACCCCAUCCCGGCGGAGGAAUUGGACGUAGCCCUGCUCGUCCUCUACGGCCACAUCCUCUACUCCGGAAACAGCUUCUAUCCAGCCCUCAACUACUUCUUCCGCGCGUACGCACUUGACGACAAAAACCCGGCUGUUCUGCUUUCAAUAGGCCUGUGCUACAUCCACCAUUCCAUGAAGCGCCAGUCCGAGAACCGCCACUUCCAUGUCAUGCAAGGCCUCUCUUUCAUGAACGAGUACAAACGUCUCCGCGAACGCAAGGGUACACCCCUCAUCCAAAGGCAGGAGAUGGAGUUCAACUUCGCCCGCGUCUGGCAUACGCUCGGUCUCGCACAUCUUGCAGUCGAAGGAUACCUACGUGCUCUUGAUCUUGGCAAGGAAAUACAAGCGCAAGCCCAAUCCAGCCAUCAGUCGCACACUGCAAAUGGAGCGCAAUCAAGCGACAACGACAACGACGUCCCAAUGCCCGACGUGGAUGCUGCUAUCGAUCCGGCUACCCUCGGCACAAAGGCGACACCGCAACCUGUCGUAGAGAACUUCUCGCGCGAAGCUGCAGUUGCCCUGCAGAACCUGUACGCUCUCAAUGGCGACUUCCAGUCCGCUCAGGCUGUCACGGAGGCUUGGCUUGUGAUCUGA